AUGCAGCGAUCUGCCACAAGUAUAUGUACAAAGCUUCAGCAACAAAUUGUGCAGUUCAUCAAUGAGAGAUGCAUAAACGGCAAGCCACCGCGAGGCACGAUGAAGGAAGCUCGGGAGAAGUUUAACGUAUCAGCUUCUACAUGCACAAGAUAUUGGUCAGAAGCUACAAAACAAAGAGCAAGAGGAGAAACAAUGCAGGUAAUCAAUCAUAGGAAGAACAAACCAUGUAGCAGACGUAUUCAAGUUGAUCUUGUUUUACUUAAAAGUUUGCACUACACUAAAAGAGGAAGUAUCAGAAUAUUGGCUGUUGGAUUAGGAUGCUCUAAGAGUACAGUAGGAAGAUGGGUGCAAGCAGGGCUGAUUAGAGCUCAUACAUCAGCCAUUAAGCCUGAUCUAACAGCCCCCAACAAAUUGUUGAGGAUGAGAUUCACACUAGAGGCUUUAGAAUUGGAUAGGAUUUUAAGGAAACUCAAGUUCAAAGAUAUGCACAACACAAUCCACAUUGAUGAAAAAUGGUUCUAUAUCACGAAAGGUACACAUAGGUUCUAUAUGGCACCGGAAGAGGAAGAACCACACAGAUCAUGCAAAAAUAAGCAGUUCAUUUCUAAAAUCAUGUUUAUGUGCGCUGUUGCAAGACCAUUAUUUGGAGGAAACGGAGAGGUUCUGUUUGAUGGUAAGAUAGGUAUUUUUCCAUUCAUAGAAAGGGUUCCAGCAAAGAGGAAUAGCAAAAACAGAAGGGCAGGAACAAUAGAAACCAAACCAAUCGAUAGCAUCACAAAGCAAGUGACAAAGGACUGUGUAAUAAAUAAGAUUAUUCCAGCCAUCAUGGCAAAAUGGCCGGAGGGAGCAAGUAAGCAAAUCAAUAUCCAACAAGAUAAUGCAAAGCCACAUAUUAAGAAUGAAGAUGUGGAUUUUAUUGCUGCUGCAAAUCAGAACGGGUUCAACAUGAAGCUGGUGCAACAACCCCCUAACUCACCAGAUACUAAUGUGAAUGACUUAGGGUGGUUUCGAGCAAUACAAUCACUUCAGCAACAAACUGCAUGCAACACAUUGGAUGAUUUAUUGAAUGCUGUGGAAAAAUCAUUUCAUGAACUAUCUCCUAUAAGCCUAGACAAUGUUUUCAUGUCUCUUCAAGGAUGCAUGAUUGAGAUCAUGAAGUGUAAGGGGCAGAACAGGUACAAGAUUCCCCAUAUGGGGAAAAAUGCUCUAAGGAGAUCUGACCAACUGCCUCAGAACUUAGAAGUUCCUACACAGCUAGUUGCAGAUUGCAUUGCUUAUUUGGAAGAACAAGGGCAUGGGCAUAAUGAAGGAAUAAGAAGGAUUGUGCAAGAUUUGGAAUUGGAAAAUACUCAGCAAUGAGCAGCAACUGCAGUAGCAACUAUGCAUCUUUUGGGAAGGUAAGAAGUACUGCAACUAUGCAUCUUUUGGGAAGGUAAGAAACUUUUGUGAAUCUUAUUUUGGAGAGAUGUUGUAGCAACAUGUACUUUGUAAACAUGUUGUAGGAGCAUGUCAAUAUUUUGUUAUUGUAGGUGUAACAAAUCUUU